AUGUUCGUAGCACUGGGUCUUUGGCUGCUGGUAUUCCCUGCAGCUUUCUCUGCUCCUGCUAGAGAACAAUGCACCACAGGUAAAAACAAACUGCUGUUAGUUUCUUUUGAUGGCUUCAGAUGGGAUUAUGACAGAGAUGUGGACACUCCAAAUCUGGACAGAAUGGCUGUGGAAGGAGUCAAGGCCGCAUAUAUGACUCCACCUUUCCUGACCAUCACCAGUCCUUCACACUUUACCCUGUUAACAGGAAGGUACAUUGAGAACCAUGGUGUGAUUCAUAAUAUCUGGUUCAACAUAACCACACAGGAGAAGAAGCAGUACUACAUGACACAGUUUGUGGAUGAAUACUGGGAUAAUGGCAGUCUGCCUAUUUGGAUCACGGCUCAAAGACAGGGACUGAAAACAGGAUCCCAUCACUUUCCCGGCACUGCUGCCACCUACCAGAAAGAAAAAGUUUAUAAAGAAGAAGUGGAACCAAUAUUUUACGACUACACCAAUGAGACGGUAUGGAGGGAGAAUGUGAAUACAGUGAUUGGACAAUGGUUUAAAAACGAAGACUUAGACUUCAUCUCUAUGUAUUUCGGUGACCCGGAUGCAGUGGGCCACAAGUACGGGCCGGAUUCUCCCGAGAGACGCGAGGCCAUCAAAAAGGUGGACCGGACUGUGGGCCACCUACGAGAAACUGUGGAGAAACACGGACUCACUGACAAACUGAAUAUUAUCAUCACGGCAGACCACGGAAUGAGCACGGUGUUCAAAGGAGAGAAUGUAAACGAGAUUAUUCUCAGUAACAUCCCAGGUUUCUCUUUGAGAGAUCUGAAAUUCCACAUGGUGGACUACGGGGCGUGUGGAAUAUUGUUGCCCAAAGACGGGAUGCUUGACAAGGUUUACAACGCCUUGAAAGGAGGUCAUCCUAACCUUCACGUUUACAAGAAAGAGGACAUGCCUGAACGACUGCACUACUCCAAACAUCCACGUCUCCUUCCCAUAAUUCUCAUUGCAGACCCUGGAUAUGUCAUCAAUGGAUUUUACACAUUUCAGACCAAUAAAGGAGAACAUGGCUACGAUAAUGAGGUCAUGGACAUGAAGGCUUUCUUCAGGGCGGUGGGACCAGAUUUCCACAACAAUUUGUUGGUUGGACCAUUCGAGUCUGUAAACGUGUAUCCUCUAAUGUGCCACCUUCUGGGGAUACAACCAGAGGUCCAUGACGGGUCACUAGAUAACACCCGACACAUGCUGCUCUCCAAUGGACUAUCUUGUUCCCUCAAAGCCCCAGAGUCAAUUCUUCAGAAUUUGUUUAUUGGUCUCGGUGCUGUGGCUGGAUUUUUAUUGCUGGUGUUUGUGGUUGUUACAUCCAACAAUGUUUAUAAAAGACAUAAAGGAAACCAGAGCAGAACAGAAGAUACGAGCGAUGAGGACGAAACGAAGGACGAUUUAAAGCAGACGACAUUCUGA